UUCGAGCACUUCAGCAUGCUGGUCAUCCUCUUGAACUGCGUCACUCUCGGAAUGUUUCAGCCUUGUCAAGAUACCAGAUGCCAAUCAGAGAGGUGCACCAUCUUGGAGGCAUUUGAUCACUUCAUCUUCGCCUUCUUUGCUGUGGAGAUGGUCAUUAAGAUGAUCGCUCUGGGGAUCUUCGGGCAGAAGUGUUACCUAGGAGACACGUGGAAUCGCCUGGACUUCUUCAUCGUCAUUGCCGGCAUGAUGGAAUAUUCUUUGGAUGGACACAACGUGAGCUUAUCCGCCAUCCGAACUGUCCGAGUACUCAGGCCUUUACGAGCCAUUAACAGGGUGCCAAGUAUGCGCAUACUUGUCACCCUGCUGUUAGAUACUCUGCCUAUGUUAGGCAACGUUCUUCUUUUAUGCUUCUUCGUCUUUUUCAUCUUUGGGAUCGUUGGAGUGCAGCUCUGGGCCGGGCUGCUGAGGAACAGGUGUUUCCUGGACACCAAUUUUCAAAUGACGUACAACUUGACUUUGCUGCAUCCGUACUAUCGGCCGGAGGAAGGAGAAGAGAACCCGUUCAUCUGCUCGUCCCCCCGGGAUAAUGGCAUGCAGAAAUGUUCCAACAUCCCGAACAGGAAGGAGUACAAGGUGGAAUGUACUUUGAGCAUAGACUCUUACAACCAAAAUUCGUACACGCUGGACUUCAGCCACCGAAACGCCUGCAUAAACUGGAACCAAUAUUACAACAUGUGCAGGCCGGGGGACCUAAACCCGCACAACGGAGCUAUUAAUUUUGAUAACAUUGGCUAUGCUUGGAUAGCUAUUUUUCAGGUUAUAACCCUGGAAGGAUGGGUUGACAUCAUGUAUUAUGUCAUGGAUGCGCACUCUUUUUACAAUUUUAUAUAUUUUAUACUACUUAUAAUAGUCGGUUCUUUCUUCAUGAUUAACUUGUGCCUGGUUGUGAUAGCAACACAGUUUUCUGAAACCAAGCAGCGGGAGAACCAACUCAUGCAGGAGCAGCGGGCCCGCUACCUCUCGAACGACAGCACAAUCGCCAGCUUCUCCGAGCCAGGGAGCUGCUACGAUGAACUCCUCAAAUAUAUCUGCCACAUUUUCAGGAAAGUCAAACGGCGGACGUUGCGCCUCUACAACCACUGGCAGAGCAAGCGGCGGAAAAAGGUCAACCCCAACAGCGGAGCCGACGGCGAGGGGCGCCGGAGCAAGAAACGCAUCACCUCCAUCCACCACCUCAUCCACCACCAUCACCACCACCACCACCACCACUACCACAUCAGCAACGGGGGCUCGCAAGGGCCACGCUCCAACCCCGAGCUCUGUGGUCUCGAGCUGAAGGUCGUGAAACCCCGGAGCCAACUCAUGCUCCCUCCCGCGUCCCCCAAACUCCGGAACUCUGCGGCGCCGGAUUCGGAGUCCGUCCACAGCAUUUACCACGCCGACUGCCACGUGGAAGGGGCCCAGAUGAAAUGCAAGUCUUCCAAUGUCCCAGCGGGUGUCAAGCUCAGUGGUCACGGCAGCAUGAACUACCCAACCAUCUUGCCUUCCCCAGCCAGCAAACCCAGCAUCGCCCCGGCGUCCAAAGGGAAGAAAAAUGGCGGAGGCAGCGGUGGCACCACUCCCGUGGCCGUGGUCAACAGCCCCGUGCACCUGAACAUGGAUUCCUACGGGAAGCUCCAUCAUUUGGUUGGAGAACAUGGUCUUUGCCGGACGUCCAGCGGGUUGUCCGGCUUGAAUGUGCCCUGCCCUUUGCCCAGCCCCCAGGCCAGCAUGCUGAACUGUGAGCUCCAGAGCUGCCCUUACUGCGCCAGCAUCUUGGAGGACCCCGAGUUCGAGUUCAGCGAGUCGGACAGCUACGAGUCGGGCGACGAGAACAACGGGGUGUAUGAGUUCACGCAGGAUGUGAAACACGGGGACCAGCGGGACCAGAUCCAGCAGCAGAGGAACAAGAAGAGGAAGAAGAAGAAGAAAAAUAACCCGCCCAAGGAGAGGAAUAAAAUAGCCAAGCUCUGGAAGGCGUUUGGCAACAAGCUGAAGAGGAUCGUGGAGAGCAAGUAUUUCAACCGUGGGAUUAUGAUUGCGAUCCUCAUCAAUACCCUGAGCAUGGGGAUCGAGUAUCAUGAACAGCCCGACGAGUUGACCAACGCUCUGGAGAUCAGCAACAUCGUCUUCACGAGCAUGUUUGCCCUGGAGAUGCUGCUCAAACUCCUGGCCUUUGGCAUCUGGGGCUAUAUCAAGAACCCCUACAACAUUUUUGAUGGCAUCAUUGUGGUGAUCAGCGUCUGGGAGAUCAUCGGGCAGUCCGACGGAGGCCUUUCCGUGCUGAGGACCUUCCGUCUCCUCCGGGUCCUCAAGCUGGUGAGGUUCAUGCCUGCCCUUCGGCGCCAGUUGGUUGUCUUGAUGAAGACCAUGGACAACGUGGCCACCUUCUGCAUGCUGCUCAUGCUCUUCAUCUUCAUCUUCAGCAUUCUGGGUAUGCAUCUUUUUGGGUGCAAGUUUGGCUUGAAAACAGAUACGGGGGAUACGAUGCCAGACAGGAAGAAUUUCGAUACCUUGCUGUGGGCAAUUGUCACUGUGUUUCAGAUCCUCACACAAGAAGACUGGAACGUGGUGCUGUACAACGGGAUGGCAUCCACCUCCUCCUGGGCGGCCCUGUACUUUGUGGCCCUGAUGACCUUCGGCAAUUAUGUGCUUUUCAACCUCCUGGUCGCCAUCUUGGUGGAAGGUUUCCAAGCUGAGGGUGACGCCAACCGGUCCGACACGGAUGAGGACAAAACCUCCCUUAACUUGGAGGAAGAGUUUGAGAAGCUGAAGGAACUGCGUGCUUCGGAGAUGAAGAUGUAUUCCCUCGCUGUCACUCCCAACGGCCACCUGGAGGGCAAAGGGAGCAUGCCUCCGCCCAUCAUCAUGCGCACUGCGGCCACGCCCAUGCCCACCCCGAAGUGUUCCCCACACAUGGACGCGGUCUACCCCUUUGUGGACUCACGGAGAGGCAGCAACGCUUCAGUCGACCCGCUGAGCUUCGACCAGAAAUCCUUGUCUAGCCUCCGCAGCUCCCCUUGCAUGAACUGGGGCACUGGCAGCAACUGGGGCAGCCGCCGAUCGAGCUGGAACAGCCUGGGCCGGGCCCCGAGCCUGAAGAAAAAGAGCCAGUGCGGGGAGCGCGAGUCCUUGCUCUCCGGCGAAGGCAAAGGCAGCACGGACGACGAAGCGGAGGACGCCAAGCUCAGCGCCCGCAGCCGCCCACCUCUGCACCGCCGAGCCGAGUCCCUGGACUGCCGGGGGGCCUUGGAGCUGCCAGAGCUGCUCCAGGUGCCCGGCAUGCGCCCCCCGCUCAGCAUCAGCCCCGUGGCCGUGCUGCCCGCCGAGUUCCAGGACUGCAACGGCAAGUUGGUCCACGUGCCCAGCGAGUUCUACCUGCACAUGGAUGGCCACAAGGACGACCCCUUGGACUACGAAGAUGACAUGGAGGAUAGUUACUGCUACAGGAUUCGCAAGGCCUUAGAACCGUAUAAGCCCGAGUGGUGCAAGACUCAUGAGGACUGGUCGCUCUAUUUGUUUUCACCUCAGAAUCGGCUUCGGGCCACCUGCCAGAAGGUGAUCACGCACAAGAUGUUUGACCACGUGGUUCUAGUCUUCAUCUUCCUCAACUGCAUCACCAUCGCCCUGGAGAGGCCGGAUAUCGACCCCAACAGCACGGAGCGGAUAUUCCUGAGCGUGUCCAACUACAUCUUCACCGCCAUCUUUGUUGCUGAGAUGAUGGUUAAGGUGGUGGCGCUGGGCUUCUUCUCUGGGAAAAACACCUACCUCCAGAGCAGCUGGAACGUGCUGGACGGAGUCCUGGUCUUCGUGUCCAUCAUUGACAUCAUUGUUUCCAUGGCGUCGGCCGGCGGGGCGAAGAUCUUGGGGAUCCUUCGAGUGCUGCGGUUGCUGCGCACCUUGAGGCCUUUACGAGUCAUCAGCAGAGCCCCGGGUCUGAAGCUCGUGGUGGAAACGCUGAUUUCCUCUCUCCGGCCCAUUGGCAACAUUGUGCUCAUCUGUUGCGCUUUCUUCAUCAUCUUCGGCAUUUUAGGAGUCCAGCUAUUUAAAGGCAAAUUCUACUACUGCGAAGGGCCCGACAUCCGAAAUGUCUCCAACAAAGCUGACUGCACAAAUGCCCGCUACAGAUGGGUCCGAAGGAAGUACAACUUUGACAACCUGGGGCAGGCACUGAUGUCCUUGUUUGUCCUCUCCUCCAAAGACGGUUGGGUGAAUAUCAUGUACGACGGACUGGACGCCGUGGGCAUCGAUCAGCAGCCCAGCCAGAACCACAACCCCUGGAUGCUCCUCUACUUCAUCUCCUUCCUCCUCAUCGUCAGCUUCUUUGUGCUCAACAUGUUCGUGGGUGUGGUGGUGGAGAACUUCCACAAGUGCCGGCAGCACCAGGAAGCUGAGGAGGCCCGGCGGCGUGAGGAGAAGCGGCUUCGGCGGCUGGAGAAAAAGCGCAGGAAAGCCCAACGGCGGCCCUACUACGCCGAUUACUCACCAGCCCGGAAAUACAUCCACACACUCUGCACCAGCCACUACCUGGAUCUUUUCAUCACCUUCAUCAUCGGGGUCAAUGUCAUUACCAUGUCAAUGGAACACUUCAAUCAACCCAAGUCGCUGGACGAAGCGCUGAAGUACUGCAACUACGUGUUCACCAUCGUCUUUGUGUUUGAAGCAGUGUUGAAGCUGGUAGCCUUUGGAUUCCGGAGGUUCUUCAAAGACAGGUGGAACCAGCUGGAUCUGGCCAUUGUCCUCCUGUCAAUCUUGGGCAUCACUCUGGAGGAGAUCGAGAUGAACGCUGCGCUUCCCAUCAACCCCACCAUUAUUCGCAUCAUGCGGGUGCUGAGAAUCGCAAGAGUACUGAAGCUGCUCAAAAUGGCCACAGGGAUGAGGGCGUUGCUAGAUACGGUGGUCCAGGCUCUGCCCCAGGUAGGCAACCUUGGCCUGCUUUUCAUGCUCCUGUUCUUCAUCUACGCUGCCCUCGGAGUGGAGUUGUUUGGGAAGUUAGACUGCAGCGAAGAUAACCCAUGUGAAGGCCUAAGCCGCCACGCCACCUUCAACAACUUCGGCAUGGCCUUCCUCACUCUCUUCAGGGUGUCUACCGGCGACAACUGGAACGGCAUCAUGAAGGACACACUCCGGGAAUGCCACCGGGAUGACAAGCACUGCCUCAGCUACCUGCCCAUCAUCUCCCCCGUCUAUUUCGUCACCUUUGUCCUCAUCGCCCAGUUUGUCCUCGUCAACGUGGUGGUGGCCGUCCUGAUGAAGCACUUGGAGGAGAGCAACAAAGAAGCCAAGGAGGACGCCGAGAUGGACGCCGAGAUCGAGCUGGAGAUGUCCAGGGGGGUCAACACACCGGUCCGAGCCCCUGAUGGCAGCCCGGCCAUCUCCAAGCCAGGCAUAGGCGAGCCCCAGAACCUUCUAACAGUUCGCAAGAUCUCAGUGGCCAGGAUGCACUCCUUACCCAACGACAGCUACAUGUUCCGCCCUGUGAUGCCGGCCAAAAACCCCUUCCCGCUCCAUGAAGUUGAGCUGGAAGCCUACUCAUACAAGUCACCAAGAGGGUCCAUCACUUCUGUUCGUUCCCAGCCUGUGGGGACCUGCUCCUCUCUGGGGAUUCCACGGGAGGCUUUCCACCCAACAACCCUGCCUCCUCAACGCGAUGGUGGAGGUCCAUGGAGGCUUCUCCCUCCACACGCUGCACCACUGUCCCCCAGUCUUAACAGGCUGCUGUGUAGACAGGAAGCCAUUCAGAGGGAUUCCUUGGAUGGCCCAAAUGCUGAUUUGAAGGACAGCAUACAAACUGAGGUCUGCGAGAGCCGACCACCAAAGAAGCUGUCCCAGAGCAUUCUGGGUCCACCUAUGCUUCACCCAGCCCCCGCAUCUCUGCCCGGGACACCUCCUCUCCCUCGGGCUUCACCCCACAGGUCCUCAAGCGUCCGUACCCGCAAACACCCCUUCGGUCAGCACAGCGUCCCCAACAGGCCUUCCAGCCGCAACAGCAAUCCAGACGUCUCCCUCUUCGAAUCCUCAGACCUGGCUGACGAGGAGGUCAGCCACAUCACCAGCUCCGCAAGGAGCUGGGGGGAGCGCCCGGACAGGGGAGAGUGCUCCGACUCACCCUUCUCCUCUCCCGCUCCGUCGCCCACCCCCCUCAAGAACUGCAGCACAACCAGCCUAACAGCAAAGGGGAGCAGCAAAGACAAGGACUUGAAGAAGUUCUACAGCGUCGACACGCGAGGGUUCUUGGCCAAGCCCACGUGGGCAGACGACCAAAGAAGACACUCCAUCGAGAUCUGUCCAUCCAUCGACGGCAACGCUCACAGCUUCAUCGAGUCGCCGGAGGAGAAGCGAAGAUUUCCCCUCCACAUCCAGUCAGAGUCGGAGUACAUCCACGGGGUUCGGCGGAAGAAGAAAAUGAGCCCGCCUUGCAUUUCUAUAGAUCCUCCCAUGGAGGAAGAAAGCAACGCGUCCACACGUACCAAAGCAUCCGAGAACAGCCUGCUGAGGAGAAGGACCCCGUCGUGUGAAUCCACCUCCUACAGGGACUCCUUAGAACUUGCCGACAACCAGCCAGGAGACCCGGCCGCCAAGGCCGAACGCCGGCCUCCGCCCGCCAACCGAGGAGAGCACUUGAUGAUCCCCAACUUCUCCUUUGAGCAGUCUGACGCCAACUCCACCGGCGGUCUCUCGGACCGCCUCUCGGAGAGCGGCCAGGCCGCACCUCCCUGUGCGGAUUCCCGGCCCAACGGCGGUGGCGGCAUGGCGCUGGAACUGGGGAAGGCGGACCAUUUGAAAGCUCAGGGCGACAUUCCUGAGCAAAACCAAGAAGUUCUUGGUGGGACAAAGAGUCCCCUACGGAAGCACGGACUGGUCCCUGCGAUCCCAGCGACAGACGAGGACGCAGAGGAACCAGUAUAGCUUCCGAGGGGGGGAUCGAGAGUGAACUUAAGGGCUUUGCCACCCAAGUGGCUUUGACGUGGAAAAAGAUUGAAAAGUCACAACUCCGUGGCCGACGCUUAUCCCAAAACACUUGUCUCUCUCUUUAAGCGCUGUGAAAAGGUUUUGUUGUUGUUCUUGUUGUUUUAUAUAUAUAAAAAGGAAAGAAAUCAAAGAGAA